AUGGCCCCAGUCGCACUCGAUCCACUUCUCCAAGAACUCGGAACCCAGCAAACCAAUAGCCAACCAAGCCAAACCGCGGAAAUCGAAGCGAGUCAACCUACCGAGGCAGACAAGGUGGGAACUAAGAGGUCGGCUAGCUAUUCAGAGAGUGAGGAUGACGGCACGACCUUUUGGAAACGAGUCCACCAUUCCUACUCCAAAAACCUUCCCGAAUCUUGUCGAACACCUGGGAGUUUGAAGGCUCACUGGGUUGCAUUGCAGAAACCCAUCAGCAAGUUCCGAGGUUUUGUGAACCAAGUCGAACAGUUCGGCGAAAGUGGUGCUUUGGCUGAAGAUUGCCUCAACCGUGCUCUGGAGCUCUUCUCCAAGGACCAGAAGGUCUCAUUCAACAAAAAAAAUCAACUUCCGGUUCAGAAAAAACGCCUUAGAAGCCCGAGUAGUGACGCGCCGGCCUCCUCCGCUUUGACGUCCGAGCCCGUUUCCGAUGCUAAAGCCAGCUCAACCAAUACGUUAUCGGUUCAACGUCCAAUUGGAAAGAAGAAAGCGAAACUCCUUCACGAACUGGCAAAGAGGGAAGAUAGCUGGAAAGAUAUUGUUGCACGCGCUCACGAGUCGGUGGCGAAUGAAUCAAAACGCCAGAACGACAUCUUCAAUAUGGAAGCUCGGUCCUUGGACGAGUUGGCUCAGAACAGCAAAACCAACACCCAGGUAUCUAUAAUGGACAAGGAUCUAUCAAAUCUUGAUGACGACUCCAAGGAGUAUUUUAGAUUAAAAAAAAAGAACUAUUAG